CGUAAUCCACCGCCAUGGCCGAGGAAGGCAUUGCUGCUGGAGGUGUAAUGGACGUCAACACUGCUCUUCAAGAGGUGCUGAAGACCGCCCUCAUCCACGAUGGCCUCGCACGUGGCAUCCGCGAAGCUGCCAAAACCUUAGACAAGCGCCAAGCCCAUCUCUGUGUGCUUGCAUCUAACUGUGAUGAGCCUAUGUAUGUCAAGUUGGUGGAGGCCCUUUGUGCUGAGCACCAAAUCAACCUAAUUAAGGUUGAUGACAACAAGAAACUCAGGGAGUGGGUAGGCCUCUGUAAGAUUGAUCGCGAGGGAAAGCCACGGAAAGUAGUUGGCUGCAGUUGUGUAGUGGUUAAGGACUAUGGCAAAGAAUCUCAGGCCAAGGAUGUCAUCGAAGAGUACUUCAAGUGCAAGAAAUGAAUAAAUAAAAAUUUUGGC